AUGGGAUGGGAGGGCAUGGGUGCGAGGCGCUCUAUGUUCCUCGUCUACUCCCUCGCCGCGAUCCUCAAGGAGAAGACCAGGAUUUUGCCGCUCCCAAAAGAGAUUUUGCGGCUCCUCGCAGUGACGGCAUUUGGAUUGGAGUUCUUCCUCUUCUAUCUCAAGGAAGACGAUGGCAGCGGCGUCCAGGGGCAGUACCAUCGGCUCCUCCUCGUCCCGAUCGGCGUGUGUUUACUGUCGACGCUUCUCAGGAUUUGCUACACCCGCAGUGAGCUGCUGCGUUUUAUUCAGAGCUUGGGAUUGAUCCUCCAGGGAGCUUGGUUCUUCCAGAUGGCCAGCUCGAUCUUCUCGUCCAGGGGGAUGUCUGCUGGCUGGAUCGAAACGGCGAGGGCGACUACGCAGUUCACUGCAAAGGGAUGA